CUUGCCCCAAGUAAACUAACCACAGCUUUGAGAACUGAGCUGCAGAGCAGAGAAGAUCAUCUUGGAAACUUGAAGAUGAAGUACUUUCUUCUGCCAACUCAUUUAGCAUUUCUCUAUAGCUUUGCACUAAGUAAACCUGUCCAGAUAGCUACAAGAAACAAUGACUUCGGUAGUGAAAUAGCUGUGUAUGAAGGAGACAUCCUUUUGAGAAGAGGACGACGCAGUGCAAUUAACUGUGAGAGUUGUUUAUGGCCCAAGUCACAAGAUGGACUAGUCAAGGUUCCAGUUAACAUCUCUUCUGAUUUCUCAGAGACAGAGAGGUCUUGGAUUGCUGAUGCUCUGCAAGAGAUCUCCACGCUGACCUGUGUGCAGUUUGUAAAUCGUACUACAGAAACAGACUACGUGUAUGUUGAACGUGGACAGAGCUGCUGGUCUUACUUUGGAAAAAUUGGAGGACGUCAAGCAGUAGGCCUGGUGAAAAAUGGCUGCAUGGAUAAAGGAGCAAUUCAGCAUGAAAUGAACCAUGCACUGGGUUUCAUCCAUGAACAGGCACGGAGUGAUCGGGACAGGUUUGUCAAGAUAAUGUGGGAACACAUUGUGGCAGGGGAACAAGGAAACUUUGGAAAAAUGAAUUCCAAAAAUCUGGGCCUUCCCUAUGACUACUCUUCAGUAAUGCACUAUGGCGCGUAUGAUUUCUCCAGCACUCCAGGGAAAGCAACUAUUGUACCAGUUCCUGACCCCUCUAUACCCAUUGGGCAGAGAGAAGGUCUGAGUAACUUGGAUGUAGCUAAAAUCAACAAGCUCUACAAGUGCAAUUGCUGUAGCUAUGUGUUGCCUAAAUCCAAAGGCUCGUUCUCCUCUGUCAAUUACCCAUCCCCAUACCCGAACAAUAGCAGCUGCCUGUGGCUGAUCCGCAUCCGUCAAAGUAAGAUUUUCCUACAGUUUGAGGCUUUUGAUCUCCAACCCUCCUCAGGCUGUUCUUCUGACUAUAUAAAAAUUUACAAUGGAAACAGCAAGAAUUCUCCUGUCUUGCUGGACAAAUACUGUGGGAAGGGGCCGCUGCCCUCCUUAGUGGCAUCUGGAUCAACAAUGCUGGUAGAGUUUGCAAGUGAUGAAAGCAUUACAGCCACAGGAUUCAGAGCCUCCUACAACAGGGUGAAUUGUGGAGACACUUUCACAAACUCAGAUGGAGUCAUCACCUCUCCAAACUACCCCAAUAAAUAUCCAAAUAACCGAGCAUGCUUCUGGGUCAUCAGUUCUCCAGUAGGAUACAAGAUAUCUCUCAAAAUGUUAUUCUUUGAGCUGGAAAAUAGUGACAGAUGCAGCUAUGACUACUUGCUCAUACAUGAUGGAAGCCGACCUACAUCACCUGCAGUUGGCCCUUAUUGUGGGACAGAGAAGGUUGCAGACUUUACUUCCACUGGGAACUUUGUGCUGGUUGAAUUUCAUAGUGAUAUAUUUUGGGAGUUGCCUGGAUUUGUGAUGAGUUACACAUUCAGUAGGUAGUACUAUACAGAUGGGAGAGGGAAAACAUAGAACGAAAGUAAGAGACCCGCUAGCUACAGGUAAAAGUCAAGAUGUCACCAAUUUCCGCAAAAAAUAGCUCCCUGAUACCUUUAACACGCUUGAAGCUUGAUCUCUUAGUCUUACGUCUGCAGUGGUGUAAUUUGCAUGGUGAAUUAUGGUCAAAAAUGUUCUUACCCAUGGGAUGCUUCUGUCUGAGACUGUAAGCUUUUUGUUAUACCCAUUGCUGGUGUUGCAUGGCCAAAUACAAUAGCAGAACUGAAACUAAGCAGAUUUUCAUGGACUUCUAGUGUUAGAAACUUCCCACAAAAAUUUCAGAGUAUGGCUAUGUAGCAACUUUAACUUGUAUUCUGACAAAUGUUACCACCCAACCCUAACGCACAUUCCAGUAUGCAUACAGAAGAACCUUCAGACACGUUUAUUUAUGCUUUGAAGCCAAGUUCACUUACACAGUUUGUAUAGGCACCUUAGCUUAGCCUGGAAAUCACCACUUUACACUUUACACUAGAUGUUUGUACUGCAUCUCAACUCAAAGAAUUGAACUACUGUCUGUGAGACAAACAGAUUUAAAUAUAGAAACAGUUAAGAGUGGCAGGAACAAGCAGUAAAGGAGGGGGAACAGAGUGAAGCACCUAUUGUUACUUUGCUGUGGCCUGAGUCAGGUAUUGAAAUUGUCUAUGGGGUAUUACCAAAAUAUUUCUUUAAAAAGAGGCCUGAAAACCUAAUGCAAAGUCCACUGAAUGUAAAUGUAGCCAGUCACUUUGGGGAACCUUGUCUGUAGAAAGAAAUCUUCCACCUCUGAGGAGACCUGUGAAGAGGAGAAAGAAAUCACCACCGUAGACAGCUAACACUUUGAUGUAUUCAGAACUAAAUGCAAAUGUCAAACUGGAAGAUGCCAAAAUGUAAUAAAUAAUAAAAGUUCUUGCUGCAGUUAUACUUUUGUGAAGAAGAGCAUGUAGAAAAUGCCAGUUUGUUUUCCUAGACCUAGGAAAGCAGCCAAGAAAAUUUUGAAUUUUACUGACUUUUGGGUUUGUGGGUUGUUUUAGGAUCUGUAAUGCUUUCCUUUCUAGGCACUGGUUAGUUUUCACCAUACAAAGAAUGAUAAUUGAUAAGUUGUGGACAUCAGGGUCCAGGGCUUGAUUGCUUCAUGGUGGGAAAGUGUGUGCACAACAGGCAACAAAUAGUUGUAGUUCUUACAAGCUCCUGUCUUCUGGCUAUAAAAAGUAUUCCUUCAUUUAAUUUAGCUCACUAUUUAGAUUGGCACUUCUUUGAAGGAUGUAACAAUUUCAGCAUCAUGACAGAAAA